GACCAAGUCCAAACAGGGAGUGUACUUGAAGAUGUUUUUACUGAGCAAUGCUUCCCUCUUAAACAGCAAAACUGGUUUGACUCUUGGCACGAAGACAUCAGCCUGAUAGUAAGGAACAAUAAGAAGUACUGAUGGAAUGCAACAGCUGAUCAACAACCAAGAUCAUCAACAUUCCUGGUUCAUUCUCACAAAACAGACUGAACGUUAAAUCAGUGCAAAGGAUCGUCAUUGUGUAUUUUACUGGCUGUUGCUUCCACAUCUGAAUAAGAAAUGUCCUGUGAUACUACUCCAGACCUGAGACUGAUUCUCGUUGGAUCACAGAGGUACGGAGCUGACUCAGUUGCAAACACAAUCUUAGGAGGAAGCUUUAAAUGGGGGAGAAGAACUGCUCAUAGUGUGACACACACAGGCCAGGUGAAUGGAAAGGUCAUCCAGCUGGUGAAGGCUCCUAUGUGGUUUAGGGGUUACCAUCUGUGUGAUACAGCAGAACUUGUGAAGGAGGAACUUGUCCUCAGUGUCACCCACUGCAAACCAGGACCCCAUGCUUUUAUUGUGCUGGUUGAGGCUGACUUGCCGUUCACAGAUGCUUGUGCCAAAGCAGUAGAGGCUCACUUAGAGCUUUAUGGAAAAGACGUGUGGAACCACACUGUUGUACUCUUCACCUGUGUGGAUUAUCUGGGAAAUCCAGACCCUGAGGAUUACAUUGCUGGUGAAGGGGAAGGAUUGAUACAGCUCCUGCAGAGAUGUGGACAAAGAUUUGUGUUUGACCACACAGAGGAACGUCAAACUUUAACUCAAAGGCUUCUGGAAAAGGUUGAGACGUUGAUGGAGAGGAAUUGGGGAAGACAUUUUGAAAUUGAAGAGAAAGGACUGCAGAGAAUUCUCCAAAAGAGGGAAGAAGUAAAAAUGAGAGCAGAAAGCAGAAGACAAAGAAGAAUCAAAGAGAAGGAAACACAAGAGAAGGAAUCAGGAACAUCCAUGUCAGCAGUAACCAUCAUCUUGCUGGGCUGGGUUUUUACAUCAAAAACUACUGUAGGUAGUGCCAUUCUGGGUAUCCCCAAAGACGAGGGGAGGACAGAAAAAUGUGUGAAAAAAACUAAAGUCAUAGGAAAACGACAACUGAAGGUGACUGUGGUGGAUACUCCUGGAUGGUGGAAAUAUUUUCCUGCCAAUUUGGUACAGACAGCUGUCAGAUCAGAGAUCAUGAAGGCAUUAGAUCAGGACGAGGCAACAAGCCACACAUCUGUCAAAGAAAACCCUCAAGACCAAGCUUCAUUAGGUCGAGCCUUCCUCCUGAUGGUCCCUGCCGAUACUUCAUUUACUAAUGAACAGAGGAAGAUCACAGAAGACAAUAUGAGGCCUUUAGGUGAGACAGUUUGGCAAAACACCAUUCUGGUCUUCAUCAGAAGUAAUUGGCUGGGAGAGUACCACAUAGAGCAGCACAUCGAAAGGGAAGGGGAAGCUCUCACUUGGCUUGUGGAGAAAUGUGGGAACAGGUACUUUGUCUUCAAUGAUGAGACACAAGAGCAGAGUAUUUUGAAAACUCAGUCUGAAGAGCUGUUAGACAUGGUUGAAGAAAUGUUGUUCAGAGGUCAGAGCACUCCAAAGAAAGAGACACGACAGAUAGCAGAAAUCAAAGACCACGCAGAAGCUAGCGAGGGACCAGUUGAUGAGGACAUGAAGAAAAUUGCAGACCAGCUCCACAGAAUGUGGGACUGGAAAUCAUGGGACAUUGAGGAAGUUAUGGUGAGAUUUGAUGAAAGACCCAUGGAAGACUGCACAUGUGAUGAAGACAGCAUGAAGCGUCAUCUUAUUGAUUUUAAGAGAAGAGAUGUGGAAAAAGUGCUACGAGAGGAACUGAGAGGAAAAAGCUUAGAAGAGAUGUUGAAGAUUGUCUUUGAACUCUACCUUCGUAAAGAAUGUGGAGCCUUUGAUAUUGUUUCCAUCAUUUGUGAAGAGGAGGCAAUCAAACCUGAAGGGAAGCAGCUGUUUGAGAGAGAGUGGAGCAGGAGAGAAGUGGAACUGAUGGAUUACGUCUUUGAAAGACACUUUUCUGCUAAUCGUCCCAGACGAGCUGCUGCUGUUGUUGUUGCUAACACUGCUGGAAAGAUAGAUGUGUCUGCAUGGAUUAAGGACCAAAUCUGUAGAGUCCUCAAAGAAAAUAAUUCAAUUCCAAGGAAAAGAAAAAAAAUAUUUAGUGAUGAUAGCAGCAAAGAAGGACAUUAACAAUUAAAUUCGAUCAACAAGGAUGAAGGAGUGGAGCCAUCAGGAUGAAGAUGGACCAUCUCUCAACAAACAUCCAGGAAAUCACGGUGGUGGGUUGCAUUGUAGAAGGUAUUGAAUUUCCAUCCAAGCUUCAUUCAAAAGUAACUACAUUUAUUCAAAGUUAUAUAUAUCAUGUUUGUAUAAGUUACAACAGCAAUAUGUUCAUAUAAGUCAUAAAUCUCAUCACUAUCCAGUAAUGACUUCCAUUUUUGAUGUCUGAGUCUUUUCAGAGCUGUAGAUUAAGUGGAUUUUCUCUCAGGUAACUCAGUUAACACAAGCUAAAGAAAACUACUUUUUUUACUGUGACUUUGAAGCGAGGUUAUAUGACUGGUCGUCCAUUUGUAUAAAUAUUUCUCACCUGACUCUUCACAUUAAGUAACUUUUACUCCUGUAGUCUGUAAGAAGAGUGGCCAUAAAGGCCUGGAUGUAGCUACUGUGCUUCUAACUUUUGUUUGUUCUCACACCAUGGCAAAAGUCAAAGUGUCUCGUUUUUGUAUGUUUUCUAAGCGUCCAACAGUCAAUAUUGUGUUUCUAUCUGUUUUAUUCAGGAAUGAAUAAGUAGUUGAACCUUUAAAAGUGAGGUACGCUAACUGUAUUCUUGUUGGCUUGAGCCAUGUUGUGCUGCCUCACCAGUCACUUUGUGCUCAGCUUUGAGUAGAUACAUAAAAAAUUAUUUAGAUAUGCCUUAGAUUUUACUGGAGGUUCUGUAUCAGUUAAGGAGAUAAGCUUAAAAUUUAUGAAGUCUAAAUAGAUAAUUGUAAAAAAAAAAAAAUAAUAAUAAAAAUCAGUCAUAUCUGGUUAAAUCAAUUGUAUGCAGCUUUUUACGAUCAAUAAAUCAUUUCCACAUUCA